CUUAGCUGGACCCCUGGCAACUCCUUCCUUAAGGUGGGAUGGAUAACAGGGUCCCUGGUGCAACCAGCAAUGGAAAGACAAUACCAACUUAUUCAGUUGUGGAAAAGGAGAAAGAGAAGGAGGAAGAGGAAGGCACACUAGAGCGGGGUCACUGGAACAACAAGUUGGAAUAUGUACUGUCUGUAGCUGGGGAAAUCAUUGGGCUGGGCAAUGUCUGGAGGUUCCCCUAUCUCUGCUACAAGAAUGGGGGAGGUGCCUUUUUCAUACCCUACCUCAUCUUCCUCUUCACCUGCGGCAUUCCUGUUUUCCUCCUGGAGACAGCACUGGGUCAGUAUACCAGCCAGGGGGGUGUCACAGCCUGGAGAAAGAUCUGCCCCAUCUUUGAGGGCAUUGGUUAUGCCUCCCAGGUGAUUGUCAUCCUCCUUAACUUCUACUACAUCAUUGUUCUGGCCUGGGCCUUCUUCUACCUCUUCAGUUCCUUUACCAUCGACCUUCCCUGGGGCAGCUGUGACCACGAGUGGAACACAGAGCACUGUAUGGAGUUCCAGAGGACCAAUGGCUCCCUGAAUGUGACAGCUGAGAAUGCCACCUCUCCUGUCAUUGAGUUUUGGGAGAGGCGGGUCCUAAAAAUCUCUGAAGGGAUCCAGCACCUGGGGAGCCUGCGGUGGGAGCUGGCCCUGUGCCUCCUGCUCGCCUGGAUUAUCUGCUACUUCUGCAUUUGGAAAGGAGUCAAGUCCACGGGCAAAGUAGUAUACUUCACAGCUACGUUUCCAUACCUCAUGCUGGUGGUCCUGUUAAUCCGAGGGGUGACUCUGCCUGGUGCUGCCCAGGGCAUCCAGUUCUACCUGUACCCGAAUCUCACCCGUCUAUGGGAUCCCCAGGUGUGGAUGGAUGCAGGCACCCAGAUCUUCUUCUCUUAUGCCAUCUGUCUUGGGUGUCUGACAGCCUUGGGCAGCUAUAACAAGUACCACAACAAUUGUUACAGGGACUGCAUCUCACUCUGCUUUCUGAACAGUGGCACCAGCUUUGUGGCCGGUUUUGCUAUCUUCUCCAUUCUGGGCUUCAUGUCUCAGGAACAAGGGGUACCCAUAUCUGAGGUGGCCGAGUCAGGCCCUGGAUUGGCAUUCAUCGCGUACCCCAGGGCUGUGGUGAUGCUGCCCUUCUCUCCUCUUUGGGCGUGUUGUUUCUUCCUCAUGGUUGUGCUGCUUGGGCUGGAUAGCCAGUUUGUGUGUGUAGAGAGCCUGGUGACAGCCUUGGUGGACAUGUACCCCAACAAACUUCGGAAGAAGAACCGCCGGGAAACCCUUAUCCUGGUGAUUUCUGUCCUCUCCUACCUCAUUGGGCUCAUCAUGCUCACGGAGGGUGGAAUGUACGUGUUUCAGCUGUUUGACUACUAUGCAGCCAGCGGCAUGUGCCUCUUAUUUGUAGCCAUCUUUGAGACACUCUGUGUGGCCUGGGUAUAUGGAGCUGAGAGAUUCUAUGAUAACAUUGAAGACAUGAUUGGCUAUCGUCCAUGGCCUGUCAUGAAAUAUUGCUGGAUAUUCCUCACACCAGCUGUAUGCACAGCCACCUUCCUUUUCUCCCUGGCCAAGUACACCCCACUGACCUACAACAAGAAGUACACUUACCCAUGGUGGGGAGAUGCUCUGGGCUGGCUCCUGGCACUGUCCUCCAUGAUCUGCAUCCCAGCCUGGAGUGGUUACAAACUGACAACUCUCAAAGGCUCCCUGAGGGAGAGAGUCCGUCAGCUCAUAUGCCCAGAAGAGGACCUGGCCCAGCGGCUGUGUACAGCACCCCCUACUCCCUCCACUACUCGGGCAACACUUCUUAGGCUCACAGAACUCGAGUCCCACUGCUAGAGACCAACUCAGACUGUAAUCUGGAAUGCACUGCUGGUUUUUCAAAGUCCUGUGUAUUCAGCCCCCUGCCUUGUCCUAGAUAUGGCUGCAGAGGCGAGCAGGCAAAAUUGCUGUGCCUUUUUUGGAGGAAGGAGCUUUCUAACCACACCCAGUCUCACUUCACCCCAGAAUCACAGACAAAAAAGCCCCUGGGGGUGUCCUGCACUAUUCCUUCUGGACUGGAGGCCUCCUCCUCCCCAGUUCAUGCCUGGUGGGAGAGGAAAGACCUGAGUGCAAAUUAAGACUUCAGCUACUUAAGGGAGGAGAACCUUUUUUUGGGGGGUGGGGGUGGGGAAAUGGGAUGGAAUGGAUAGAGAGAUUUUACCAAAAAAGGCCCCUCUUCCUUUGUUCCAUUAAAUCCACAUUCUUUGCACUGGUCCAUCUGCAAAAACUCAGCCUUGUCUCUGUUUCUUCAUCCCUCCAUCCACUUCCUUGAUUUCCUUGCUUCAUUAUGCUGUUUCUUCCCUCCUCCCCAACCCCCACUCCAUGGAACUUGUAGGAAUAAGGAGCUAUGCAGGGUUUAUGAGGUCUAACAGUCCCCAUGACCUUCACCACAAAACAAGAGUUGAGUGGUUCUGCUAUCUCUCCUUUAUGCAUUAACAUUGUCGUAUCUAUCCUGAAACUUCAGAGUCCUUCCCUUUCUUUGAUUCUCCUCUUUUUUCUUAACAGCUACAGAAAUCUUAGGGCCACAAAGAAUUACCGGACAAAAGAUAUGGCCUGUGUCCUUGAGGGAUUUUUAAUCUAGUUGAGGAGAUAUGACAGAUACUGCAGCACGAAAUCAGCAUGGCAGAGGGGAGAAAGCUCUGGAGACCUGGGUUCCUGACUUGGCCACUCCUGCCUUUCCUUCUCUAGCUCCUCUCAUCCCCAUCUCCCUACCUCAGUUCUCCUUCACAGAGUUUUUAUGAGAGACAUAUACAGAGUUUAUGAGGUUUUACAGUUCCCAUGAUGGUGGAUGGAUGGACAGAUGGAUGGAAGGACACAAUUUGGAGUGUUCCGUCACCAAAUUCUUAGAUGAGAGGAAACCAUCUUCUCUCUUCCCUUAAAGUCUCCUUAUUCCUUUGAAAUAAAAGGGAAGGUACUGGGAGAAGAAUUACUGGAAAAGUGAAGGAUUGACCUUUAUACAGGGAAGGUGAAAAUUGGUAUCUCAUUAUACUUUCCAUCAAGAUUUACCAAAUGCCUGCUAUGUCCUAUGGAGGCAGCAUCUCAGAAUCAGAUGGGACCUCAGAAAACAUCUAGUCCAACUCUCUGUAUGACAUUCCUGAUAAGUGGUUGUGCAACCUUCCCUUGAAAACUGCUACUUUUAAAAAAUUUUAAUUUUUUUUUUUAUUUUUAGGCAAUUGGGGUUAAGUAACUUGCCCAGCUAGUGUCAA